AUGGCCGACGCUCCUGACUCUUCGUCAUCUGGCACUCCGCCGAAACUCCUCUCCUUCGAACCCAAACCUGCCGUUUCCUACGGUUUCGCUGCCGGCGUCCAAGGUGCUGGCGUCGGUGCUCUGGUCAGCGCCGUCCAGAAUGCCCUCGGGAAGCAUUCCAGCGGUGCCGCGGGCUUCCUGACACGGACAGGAGGGACUAUCGCGUUUUUCGCUGCAAUGGGUGCAACAUACGCCACGACGGAGUCGUUCGUCGCCAACGCACGUGAGGUGGAUGACCCUCUGAACGGUGCUGCCGGAGCAUGUGCUGCAGGAUUCCUGGCUGGCCUUCGAGCGCGUUCACUACCUGUCGCCCUCGCGUCUUGCGCUGUCCUCGGUACGGCGAUAGGGACUGUUGACUAUGUUGGCCAAAACGCCUCUUCAGAGCAAGCGUUAUCGAAAGAGGAGAGACGAAAGCGGUUCUUCAAGCAGCCACCCCCAUCGCCGAUCCCCUCCGAGUAG